CUAUUAUACCCUCAUGCGGUGUUGCCCUAGAUUUAUUUUCGUCAUCUGACCCUUUUGCCGCCUCUCUUCUAGUGCGACAUCCUAGACCUCUCCUUAAGCAGAAAUCCUAGUUGUUCUGUGGAAGCGCGAUCAACAUGGUUCUCCAAAACGAUAUUGAUUUGCUUAACCCACCAGCCGAGCUUGAGAAGAAGAAGCACAAGCUCAAGCGCCUCGUGCAGUCCCCUAACUCAUUUUUCAUGGAUGUCAAGUGUCAGGGUUGCUUCAACAUAACCACUGUGUUCAGCCACUCCCAAACUGUUGUGGUGUGUGGGAACUGCCAGACUGUGUUGUGCCAGCCUACUGGUGGCCGUGCUAGGCUUACUGAAGGGUGCUCCUUCAGGAGAAAAGGAGACUGAUCUGUCCUUGGCAAAUGCCAUUUGAAUUGAUAGUGCUAUUUAAGCAAAGGAACGGGGCAAUUGUGGUUUUGUUUCAGAUUUUGUUUUUGUCUUUUAAUGGGUAUUGGUUACCCUUCUAGGUUUGGAUUUUGAAUUUUGAGAGCUGCAGAACUAUGUUAUUGUUGCAGUUUAAUUUUAUGGGUAUUUCAGAUUGAGAAACAAUUUAAUCAUUCACUGUUUGGAUCUCCAUAUUUGAACUCGCACUAUUUUAUUAUUAUUAGUUGUGGACGCAUAUUUGUAAUGAACCUGCUUGCUACUUUGUCUUAAUCGAAUGAAAUGCAGAUUAUAAUUAUACAAAUCUGCAAUGAGUAA